AAUGAAAGCGCUAUUUCCAAGUAAGAUCAGUAUGACAGCACCAGCAAACUCUUGGUUGUGUAUUUCCCCUUCAGAAAUCAUAUGCAUUCAGCUUAGUUUCACUUCAUAUUUCUCCCCUGGUCAUCCAGUCCUCCAGGGCAGUGACCCUGCCCCUGAGUGAGGUUUGCCCCUCAGUUUGAGAAGCACUGCUACUAAAAGUAGAUCAUUCAUGUAUAGGCUAUCAGAAGGGUUUAAAAUAAGUCAGCUCAUUUUAUUAAGCUGCUGACAAUCACCCCACAUGCUUUUUGUAGCUAGUGAAGAAUCUUUCUCUGAUUGAUUAAUACAUUUUCACCUACUCUUCCUGCAGAUCAUGUCAAGUUUGAAGAUAUUUUUAGGCUGUCUUACACACAGAGCAUGUUUAAGAUCCACUCACAGAUUGUCAGUGACCCCUGGGCUACAGUAUUCUUUCACACUGCACCAACUUAUAAUUGAAUCAGUGAAGGUAAAUUAUUGCUGUUUUUGCAGAGGACUCUCAGUGACCUAUGCAGUUACAUAACAGCAUAUACCAGUCAUUGCAAUGAUAAUUGUUUAAGUGCAAAAUUUAAUGCACUGUUGUUGCUAAAGAUCCUGAAAAACAGCUGUAUACAACUCAAACAGCUUAAUCCAUCCAUAAUGUAACUGAUAUAGAUUAAGCUUGAUCAAAGGUAGAGGUGUAAUGUUGUCAUGAUUUGGCUUUUUACCUAUCCAUUUGUGAUUUAAGGGAAAAUUAUAAUCAGACUGUUUUACAUGUGAAUAGACCGAGCUAAUUUAAAUUCAGGACAUGGUUUUGAGCUAGCGGUCCAAUGCUGUGCACACAUGGACUCUCAGAUGUGUUUCGCAACCAGUAACGACUUCACAAGGCUCGUUAAACUGCAUGUCUUGUUAGUUUACCAGUCCCUGAAAAAGACGUGGUGCAUUUAAAGGGUGGACUUGUCCAACAAGAGAAGAUUUUCUGUUUCAUCACCAUUUUUAAAAGUGUCUCCUCAGGGCAAAUCAACAGGCUCGAUCCUACAGAACCUAUAGCCAAACUACCAGGUGGUCUACAACAGUAUGGAAUUACCUGAUGAAGAGAAGGUAGAUGGUCAACUUGAGACCAGCGCUCAGGAGUCUAUGGCAGACGAGCAGACAGAUGAAGAACAUGCCACCGUAGGAAAGAAAAAUAUAGAAGAGAAGUUUGCUGCAUCUCUGGCUCCAGCUGUUUCUCUCUGGACCACUGAUGCUAGAGGUGCUGUCAGACUGAGAAUAGAGGAAGGAUGUCCAGAAGAACCUAUCACAGUUCACCAAAUGUUCAACGCCUCAGUUGAAAAAUAUGGAAAUAUGCACGCGCUUGCCAGCAAGAAAAACAACACGUGGGAAAAGAUAACUUUCUCUGAGUAUUAUCAGUUCUGCCGCAGAGCAGCCAAGAGCUUCAUAAAGCUUGGUUUAGAGCGAUUCCAUGGAGUGGCAAUACUAGGAUUCAAUUCAGCAGAAUGGUUCUUCUCUGCAGUCGGCACCAUCAUGGCAGGAGGGAUAAUGACAGGAAUUUAUGCCACAAACUCACCAGAGGCAUGUCACUAUGUGGCGAGCGACUCUAAAGCCAACAUUAUAGUGGUUGAAAACCAAAAGCAAUUGGAUAAAAUCUUGCAGAUACGUGACAGGCUGCCCCAUUUGAAAGCCAUAGUGCAGUACAGCGGGCAGCUCCAGGAGAAGCUCUCCAAUCUCUACUCUUGGGAGGAAUUCAUGGAGCUGGGUCUGGAUGUUUCUGAGAAACAACUGGAUGACAUGAUCAGUAGCCAGAAAGCCAACCAGUGCUGCGUCCUGAUCUACACGUCUGGCACCACAGGCAAGCCGAAAGGAGUCAUGCUCAGUCACGACAAUAUCACGUGGACUGCCAAUCAUGCCAGCAGGGCCGGGGACAUGCAGCCAGCCGACACUAAACAGGAGUCACUGGUGAGCUACCUGCCUCUCAGCCACAUUGCUGCUCAGAUGUAUGAUCUCUGGACAGGCAUUCACUGGGGCGAGCUGGUGUACUUUGCACAGCCAGAUGCCUUAAAGGGAAGCCUGAUAACAACACUGCGAGAAGUUUGUCCCACUUCCCACAUGGGUGUCCCUCGCGUGUGGGAAAAAAUGAUGGAGAAAAUUAAACUGGGAAUAAGUCAGUGCGGAUAUGUGAAAAAGAAACUGGUGACAUGGGCGAUGUCAGUCAGCCUGGAGGCCAAUCAAAAGUGCAUGCAAAAGGAUGAGGAGAAACCGCUCCUGCUGUCCCUGACUGACAGUCUUGUGCUGCAGAAGCUCCGGGCUGAGCUGGGCCUGUCUCGCUGUCAAAAGUUCUUCUCUGGAGCAGCACCAAUUGGUAGCGAAACUGUGCAGUUUUUCCUGGGCCUGAACAUCCGCUUGUAUGAGGCCUAUGGCAUGAGUGAGAGCACGGGGCCUCACUUCAUGUCAGGUCCAAAAGUUUACAAAUUACCAAGCUGUGGUAAGGUGGUGCCUGGCUGUCGAUACAAAAUGGCCGACGUAGACUCUGAAGGGACGGGCGAAAUUUGCUUUUGGGGACGCAACAUUUUCAUGGGUUUCCUCAAUAUGGAAGACAAAACAAGAGAAGCUUUGGAUGAAGAUGGGUGGCUGCAUUCUGGAGACCUGGGGAAGAUAGACGAAGAGGGUUUCUUGUACAUUACGGGGAGAAUAAAAGAGUUGAUCAUCACAGCUGGAGGGGAGAAUGUUCCCCCUGUUCCUAUAGAGGAGGCAGUGAAGAGGGAGCUGCCUAUUAUCAGUAAUGCCAUGCUGAUAGGGGACAAGAGGAAGUUCUUGUCCAUGCUUUUGACCCUAAAGUGUUGUAGCAAUGUAGAGACCAUGGAGCCAACAGAGGAGCUGAGUCUGGAGGCUGUGGAGUUUUGCCAGCAGCAAGGAAGCCAAGCGACCAAGGUCUCUGACAUCAUUGGAGGAGAGGACAAAGAGGUAUACUGCGCGAUUCAAGAGGGAAUCGACAGAGUCAACUCUGCAGCCAUAUCUAAUGCCCAACGCAUACAAAAGUGGACCAUUCUGAGGAAGGACUUCUCUGUUUCUGGAGGAGAGCUGGGUCCCACAAUGAAACUCCGUCGUCCUGUUGUGUUGGAGAUGUACCACGAGGUCAUAGAGAGCCUCUAUCGAGAGUAGUGUCAUGUUCCCGUGGAGAUUACUGUGUAACUGUUAGUAUGAAAAUCAUGUCACUUGCAUAUCUCAUCAUUCUUGUGGACAUACAUGGAAUUUAAUAAUAUGUCUUGUGUGCAGAAUGCAAAAAUAACAGAGGAACCACAUUUGAUUCAUUGAUGUUUUAAAUACUGAAUAAUACCUUGCUGUUACAAUACUUGGAAUGUUUACAAAGUUACACCAUCCUCUUAGGGGCUGAAAUAUUUGUCUCUAAUUCUUUUUAUGACUAGACUGCAAUUCAUUUUUACUGCUUCAAAAUCAUAUAAGUUACUUGCACGACAGGAUCUUACAAUUUUGUGUAAAUAUUUGAUGGUAUUCAGUAUGUUUUAAACCAGUUCCGAUUAAAACUCAGAAAAACACAGACAUAACAUGCACCAGAAAUCCAAUCACAUGGAUCAUGGGGGUCAUUAUUGUAAAUGGAGGGAGCUUAUAAUCAUUUGCAUAACAUUAAAUAAAAAGUUAGCAAUUUUAAUAAUA